AUGUUUGUUGCAUGCUUUGCUAUCACUUGCAAUUCUAUUCCUUAUUAUUUGGAAGAUAUGUUUUACGAACCACAUCAUUUAGAAACUAUUAAACUCAAAAGAGCAAUUAAUCCUUUUAUGGAUUCAAUUGGAAAAAGAAAUGACGACUUUUCUGGGCAACCACGGCGCUAUUUUGAUGUAUUAGCUGGUCAAUCACUUGGAAAGCGAUCAACUUAUUAUUAA